AUGUUGUCUCCAUCAGGAUUUUCAUGGGGUGCCGGCGGUUCAGCCUAUCAAACAGAAGGAGCCUGGGACAAAGAUGGAAAAGGACUGAGCAUCUGGGACGUGUUCAGUCAUAAGAAAGGAAAAAUACAACAAAAUGACACUGGGGAUUCAUCCUGUGAGGGCUACCACAAAUUCAGGGAUGAUGUCUCUUUGAUCAAGGAGCUGAAACUUAACCAUUACCGCUUUUCCAUAUCCUGGCCGAGACUGAUCCCCACUGGUGUAAAAUCUGACCACAUCAAUGAGAAGGGAAUACAGUACUAUGAUGAACUCAUCGACCACCUGCUGGAGAAUAAGAUCACUCCUAUUGUUACCCUGUAUCACUGGGAUCUUCCACAGGUAUUACAAGAAAAAUAUGGUGGUUGGCAAAAUAUAAGCAUGGUGAAUUAUUUCAAUGAGUAUGCCAACCUGUGCUUUGAAAAAUUUGGCAGCAAAGUCAAGUACUGGAUCACUUUCAACAACCCAUGGUCUGUAGCUGUUGAAGGCUAUGAGACAGGGGAACAUGCCCCUGGACUUAGGCUGAAAGGAACAGGGGCGUACAAAGCGGCUCAUCACAUAAUCAAGGCACAUGCCAGAGUUUGGCACACUUAUGAUACCCAGUGGAGGGCAAAACAAAAAGGUAUGGUCGGGAUCUCUCUGUCUGGAGACUGGGGAGAGCCGGUAGAUAUCACUAACCAAAAGGACAUAGAAGCAGCUGAGAGAUAUGUUCAGUUCUACCUGGGCUGGUUUGCCACACCAAUCUUUCAUGGAGACUACCCUCAGGUGAUGAAAGACUUCAUCGGAAGGAAAAGUGUCCAACAAGGCCUCGGAUCGUCUCGCCUGCCAACAUUUUCCCCCCAAGAGAAGAGCUACAUCAAAGGCACCUGUGACUUCCUCGGCAUUGGUCAUUUCACCACCCGCUACAUCACCCUAAAGAACUACCCGUCAGGCCGCAGCAGCAGCAGCUACUUCACUGACCGUGACUUGGCUGAGCUGGUUGACCCCCGGUGGCCUGAUCCUGGCUCUGAGUGGCUCUACUCUGUGCCAUGGGGCUUCAGACGUCUGCUCAAUUUCGUCAAGACUCAAUAUGGGAACCCGAUGGUUUAUGUGACUGAGAAUGGCGUCUCUGAGAAGAUGUUGUGCACCGAGCUGUGUGAUGACUGGAGGAUACAGUAUUAUAAGGACUACAUCAAUGAGAUGCUGAAAGCUAUUAAAGAUGGAGUCAACGUCAAGGGCUACACUGCGUGGUCUCUGCUGGACAAGUUUGAGUGGGAUGAAGGCUUCUCUGAGAGGUUUGGCCUUUACUAUGUGGACUUCAGGAACAAAAACAAGCCCCGAUAUCCAAAAGCUUCUGUUCAGUUUUACAAACGCAUCAUCAGCUCCAAUGGAUUCCCCAAUCAGAGAGAGGUUGAGAACUGGAGGAGGAAGGCUAUCGAGACGUGCUCUUCCAGCAACCAGCUCCUUGCUGCAGACCCUCUGACCAGCCACAUGGAGAUGGUAACUGAGAUCGUUGUUCCCACUGUGUGCACGCUCUCCAUCCUGCUCAGCGCUAUCUUCCUCAUGUUCCUGCUGCGAAGGCGGAACUAG